AUGCACCUGUAGGCUAGUUCCCAAAUAAACACCGAAGAUGUGACGCUUCGCGGGGGGGAGUGGUCCUAUCAAAUUUGUACACAGCUGAUUGUGACGUCACUCAACAACAUGGCGGACUGGAAUAGAGGUCACGACUCGGUGGACGACUUGCUGGAUCAGGAAAAUAAACGCCUGGCUGAGAACCUGGCCACCAAAGUCUCCAGGCUGAAAUCGCUGGCGUACGACAUCGACAGAGAGGCUGACGAUCAGAACGAGUAUCUGGAUGGCAUGGACUCCAACUUCCUCAGUGCGACGGGUCUGCUGAGCGGCAGCGUGAAGCGCUUCUCCACCAUGGUGCGAUCCGGCAGAGACAACCGCCGCAUCCUCUGCUACGUCUCCGUGGGCCUGGUCCUGGUCUUCUUCCUGCUCUACUACAUGGUCUCCAGGAUUCAAAGCUGAUGGCGGGAGGGGGGGCAAUAAAGGAAUCCGCAAGGAACUGGUGCUGAUGUGGGGCUGAGAGCGUAAGACUGAUGUCAUCGCUGUGCUUCUACUGCACGGAAGAAGACGUUUAAUUCUGCACCGAGUGACAACUAACAGGAAGUAGAGAGAAAAUCAUAUUUUGGUUGAAUUUAUCUAGGGGGUGGAGGGAUCAUGCUGCUACCAAAGAUACUCGCGUCUUAAUUAAAAGUCAUGCCUGCACUACUUCUGUCCCUGGCUGCUGCAGCCCGGAUGUCCUUAUACAGUGGAAGGGAAGGAGCCUGAGCGCAUCUCAGGAGGGAGAAGAUCUACCAGCUGAGCGUCCCGGUCCCAGACUACGCGACCAUUUAAAACUAUUUUGAAGGUGACAAAACUUAUUCAGAGAGGAAGAUUAUAGACUCAAAAGCUAGCAUCUGCAAGAAGUCAAAUGGAAUUGUUAUUUGGACAUAUCAAAUGAAAAAAAUGUAUAUACUUGAAUCAAUCUAAUCUAUAUCAUAUGUGCGUGGCGCAAAGCAAAGCCUGAUUCCUUGGUGUAAUUGGUACCUGUUCUGUAUCUAUAUCUGUAUAUUAUAAAAAUAUUAAAAAUUUCCUUUUUUCAUGUGUUCACAUUCCAAUUGCUACUCAGUGGAUAACAAUGGCUUUAAUUGUUUCAUUUGUUUGGGAUCAUUGCUUGUUUUUACAUGUUGUUCAGGUUCUAUUCAUUAUGUGGUUGGACAAUAAUGGAUGACGGGGUUAUUACAUUUUUUUGUUUUCAAUAUCUAUAUCACGUGACUCAGAUGAUCCUAGAAUUCAUAAACAUUUGAUUAAAUUAAGAAUAUAAUGUCCAAAUACUAUCUCCUGUCGCAGAAGACUGACUAUUGUGUCAAGUCAGGGAUACAUUUCUUGCGUGCAAAUGCAGUAUCUUAAACUAUAAUACCUUUGUUAAAAUACUGUGAUCACCCUUUUAAUUGUAUAUAAAUACUGUGAUUACCCUUUUAAUUGUAUACAUUGUCUAAAUUUAAUAAGAUAUCUUUGAAUCCUUAAAUAUCAGAAAAUAAACAAGUCUGUGUUCACAGUG